AAGUGGGUCGGGGGCUUGGCCUCUCCCGGCCGCGGAGCCGGAGCCGGAGGCCUUACCCAUAGAAGAGUCCAAUCAUCUGGUGUCGGACCCCAGGCAGGGCCUGGAUCGGGGGUUUCAAGAUGCUGAAUGUCCCUUCCCAGUCUUUCCCGGCCUCCAGCUCACAGCAGCGCGUCGCCGCCGGGGGACGUAGCAAGGUUCCUUUAAAACAAGGCAGAAGUCUUAUGGAUUGGAUUCGAUUGACCAAAAGUGGAAAGGAUCUGACAGGAUUGAAAGGAAGGUUAAUCGAUGUAACUGAAGAAGAACUUAAAAGACACAACAAAAAAGAUGAUUGUUGGAUAUGUAUAAGAGGGUUUGUUUAUAAUGUCAGUCCAUAUAUGGAGUAUCAUCCUGGUGGAGAAGAUGAACUAAUGAAAGCAGCAGGAUCAGAUGGUACUGAUCUUUUUGAUCAGGUUCAUCGUUGGGUCAAUUAUGAAUCCAUGCUGAAAAAAUGCCUGGUUGGCAGAAUGGCAGUUAAACCUACUCUUCCUAAAGACUAUCAGGAGGAAAAGAAGGUCUUAAAUGGUAUGCUUCCUAAGAGCCAAAUGACAGAUAUGCUUUCCAAAGAGCAUCCUAGUUCCCCAAGCUAUGACUGGUUCCAAACAGAGUCUUUAGUCACCCUUGUCAUAUAUACUAAGCAGAAGGAUAUCAAUUUAGAGUCAGUAAUAGUUGACCAUCAGCAUGAUUCCUUUAGAGCAGAAACAGUUAUCAAGGAUUAUUCGUAUCUCAUACAUCUUGGCCUAAGCCAUGAGAUUCAGGAAGAAUUUUCUGUGCGGGUUGUUGAAAAUGUGGGAAAAAUAGAGAUUGUCCUGAAGAAAAAAGAGAAUACUUCUUGGAAAUGUCUUGGUCGUCCCCUGGAGGGUCAUAAUUCAUUUAUUCCCAAGAAAGAUACAGGUUUGUACUACAGAAAGUGUCAGUUAAUUUCCAAGGAAGAUGUUACUCAUGAUACGAAGCUUUUCUGCCUGAAGCUGCCACCAAGCACUCAUCUUCAGGUGCCAAUUGGGCAACAUGUUUACCUCAAACUAACUAUUACAGGUACAGAAAUAGUGAAGCCAUAUACACCUGUAUCUGAUUCCUUACUCUCAGAGUUCCAGGAGCCAGUUCUUUGCAACAAUAAAUGCAUCUACUUCUUGAUCAAAAUCUAUCCUACUGGACUCUUCACACCAGAGCUUAAUCAUCUUCAGAUUGGAGAUUAUGUUUCCUUAAGCAGUCCUGAGGGCAAUUUAAAAAAAUCCCAGUUUCAAGAAUUAGAAGAUCUCUUUUUAUUGGCAGCUGGAACUGGCUUCACACCAAUGGUUAAAAUACUGAAUUAUGCAUUGACUAAUACGCUCAGUCUCAGGAAAGUGAAGCUAAUGUUCUUCAAUAAAACAGAGGAUGAUAUAAUUUGGAGAAGCCAACUGGAGAAAUUAGCAUUUAAAGAUAAGAGAUUUGACGUUGAAUUUGUUCUCUCAGAGCCUGUUUCUGAAUGGAAUGGCAAACAGGGACACAUUUCACCAGCUCUUCUUUCUGAAUUUUUUAUAAGAAGCUCAGAUAAAUCCAAAGUUCUUGUCUGCAUUUGUGGACCAACACCAUUUACAGAACAAGGGAUAAGAUUGCUGCAUGAUCUUAACUUUUCCAAAGAUGAGAUACAUAGUUUUACAGCAUAAUGAAGAACUGUCAUUGUCCUUUAUUCAGCUGAUUUAUCUAAAUUUGUGAUUGGUUAGAGUUUUCUAAGAGAACAUUUUUGUAUAUACAAAAAAACGAACUAGGAUCCAGGCUUCUGUUUCUUAAAUGAAAUCAAAUGUUCCUUCAGUAUAGAUAACUUGUGCUUUAUUUUGUACCAUAACUUAUUUUAUUACUACUGAUAUUUGACCUGGAAAUUCAGUCAUGACACAACAAAUGCAUACAGGAUUCUUUGUUAUGAAUCAUAAGUUUAUUUACCAUUUAAAUUGUCUACAUCACUGUUCUAAAAUAGGCACAUGUGUUUUAUGACAUGAUUAAGUAAAUGAUCACUUUGAUAACAUUUCUAUG